AUGACGGAUCCUGUGGUAUUGCAAUCCGCUGUACGAGUGCCGACGCCUCCCCCAGGCGAGUCGCAACCUUCAGCUUCACGCAAGCGGUCUCCUCCCUCUCGUUCUCCGUCUCCGAAUCGUCGCCGUUCGGCCCCGGGUGAUGCAUUGAAGCAGGAUGGGGAUGCACCUCGUCUGGACGAUGAGCGUGCACGGGAAAGAGAACGCCAGCUCGCCGAACGGGUUCGCGAACACGAGAAGAAAGAAGCCGCGCGAAAGCCCAUGACGGAUGAGGAGAAGCAAGCGUCAGCCAAGGCAGAGUACGAGAAAUUGUUGAAUAUGCGCUCCGGUGGUACAUAUAUUCCUCCUGCCCGACUGCGCGCCCUGCAGUCACAGAUCACGGACAAGUCCAGCAAAGAGUAUCAGCGGAUGGCAUGGGAAGCCUUGAAGAAGUCGAUCAACGGCCUUAUCAACAAGGUGAACGUGUCGAACAUCAAGUUCAUUGUUCCAGAGCUUUUUGGUGAGAACUUGAUUCGCGGACGUGGUCUGUUUUGCCGGAGUAUCAUGAAGGCUCAGGCCGCCAGUUUGCCGUUUACUCCGAUCUACGCUGCGAUGGCCGCCAUUGUCAACACCAAACUGCCCCAAGUUGGCGAAUUGCUCCUCUCCCGAUUGAUCGUCCAGUUUCGAAAAGCAUUCAAGCGGAACGACAAAGCCGUCUGUAUUUCCUCUACCACCUUCAUCGCACACCUUUGCAACCAGCAGGUCGUCCAUGAAAUGUUAGCCGCCCAGAUCCUCCUCCUUCUCCUUCACAAGCCUACGGACGAUAGCGUUGAAAUUGCCGUCGGUCUUACACGAGAGGUGGGGCAGCAUUUGGAGGAGAUGAGCGGGCCUAUUGCGCUGGCGGUCUUCGAUCAAUUCCGCAACAUCCUACACGAGGCCGAUAUCGACAAGCGUGUACAGUACAUGAUCGAAGUUCUGUUCCAAGUUCGCAAGGACAGGUACAAGGAUAACCCAGCGGUUAGAGAGGAUUUGGAUCUAGUGGAAGAGGAGGAUCAAAUCACCCAUCGCAUUGGUCUGGACGAUGAGAUUGAAACCCAGGAUGGUCUCAACAUCUUCAAGUAUGAUGAGCAGUGGGAAGAACACCAAGAGGCGUAUGCGCGAUUGAAAGCAGAGAUCUUAGGAGAGGGUAGCGAGGAUGAAGAUGAUGAAGACGAAUCCGACGUGAGCUCGGAUGAAGAGGAGGAUGAGGAGAAGAAGAUGGAUAUCAAGGAUCAAAGCAACACAGAUCUCGUCAACCUUCGACGGACCAUUUACUUGACAAUCAUGUCGAGUAUUGACUUUGAAGAAUGCUGUCACAAGCUGAUGAAGGUCUCGCUACCACCUGGCCUGGAGCCAGAGCUUCCAUCCAUGAUCAUUGAGUGUUGCUCUCAAGAGCGCACAUACUCGAAGUUCUAUGGAUUGAUUGGAGAACGCUUCGCCAAGAUCAAUCGUCUCUGGUCGGACUUGUUUGAGGCUGCGUUCGCCAAAUACUAUGAUACGAUCCAUCGGUACGAGACGAACCGGCUUCGCAAUAUCGCCUGCUUCUUUGGCCACAUGCUCAGCACUGACGCAAUUGGCUGGCAUGUGAUGUCUAUUAUACACAUGAACGAAGAAGAAACGACAUCGAGCAGUCGUAUCUUUAUCAAGAUUCUCUUCCAGAACCUGGGAGAGCAUCUUGGACUGCCCAAGCUGCGGGCGCAGAUGACGGAUGAGAUCCUUCGGCCCAGUUUCGAAGGUCUCUUCCCUCUGGACAACCCACGCAACACACGGUUCUCCAUCAACUACUUCACCAGUAUCGGUUUUGACCGGAGCCGCCCGCACUACCGCCGGCUAGGGACGCAGAUUCGGAUACAGAGUCGGUCAGCAGUCGUUCAUCUUGCUCGACCUGCACAGGGCCCCGCCACUCUCGCUCCCGAUCCAGAUCCAGGUCCUACUCGUACUCCCGGUCGCCAUCGCCGAGCCGUGGGCGGUCCUACACACGGUCUCUGUCCCGGUCGUCUCGGGGACGAAGCUACAGCUACACCCCUUCCCGCUCCCGCUCCCGCUCUCGCACCCCUCCAACAAGAUCCCGCCGCCGCUCUGUUUCCUACAGUCGAUCCUCAAGCCGGUCCGUAUCGCGGACACCGCCCCGACGAGGCCGAGCUCGCUCCUACGACUCACGGGAUUCGCGAAGCCCAAGUCCCUACCGCUCACGGAAACGCUCGCCGUCUCGAUCAAUCACCCCACCUCGAAAGCGGAGCUACUCUCGCUCGUUGUCACGGUCUGUCACACCGCCUCGACACGGAGCUGCGGCACCUAAAGGCAGACGCUACUCAGUUAGUGUAUCACGGUCACCGCCACGUCGCCGUGGUGGAGGUGCUCGGGAUGAUUCCCGCUCGCCUAGCCCUCCACCACGCCGGAGAAGAUAUUCAGACUCGGUGUCACGGUCUCGCUCGCCACCGCCUCGUCGGAGUCGCAGGUCGCCUUCGAGGAGUCCAGCUCGGCGGGAGGGGAGAGGUCGCGCGAGUGACCAUUUUCAGUCCAGGGAUUAAGAAGCAGGAUCUGCAUGGAUGA